UGUUUCAUCUGAUAUUUCUCAUUCGGCUGUUUAGCGACGUUAUGGGCUGUCACUUCUCGCGCACGUCGUCUACCGAAGAUAUCCGCAAAAGUGUUGAUAAGACUCCAGAACCACUUCCCAAAAAGCCGACACCAACGAAUCGCGCUCCAGCUCAAGAGCUGCGAAGUGCUAACAACGGAAAUAUUCUGCAAAUUGCUGGAAAGCCAAUCAUCGAGGUCGAAAGUGCCAGUCAAGCCGAUUUCUUCCGUAUGUUGGACGACAAAAUCAAUAGGGGAAAAGGCGGCGAUUCUGACAGUGAAAACUGACACGUCGAAAUUCAGUGAUAUUCCUAACAAUUCGAGUGCUUCUGUAUCAUGUCCGGUUACAACAUUCCAUUUUUAUGGAAUGACUUCAAACAUCCUGGUGGUUUUCUUUAUCUUCUUCCUCUCUUGACCCUCUCUUUUAAAGUUUGCCACUGUUCGUACCAUAUCCUAUCAUAAUUACCAUUUCCCUUUUUUUUGCUUCUCUGACGGUUUCGUAGUGCGGUUCACGACCAAUCACUCUUAAGUUACCUAUUCUGUGUUCCUCCUACGUAUUUUUUCUUGCAAAAACAUUGUAGAACAAUAACGACAGAUUGAUUACUUCACGGCUAAUGGAAACACAAAUUCAAACGUUUCCCAUAUUAUAGAUUAAAUUUCAAUUUUUUCCAAACUUUGUUACUUAUUUUUGAUUGACUGUGAUACAGGUGAACAUCCUUAUGAGAAAAUGAACUGGUGAGAUCUUGUCAAAUCAAAUUUGUAACAGAGUAUGUAACUUUAGAAUUUUUGACUAGAAACACUUUGUGCCCCCCGAUUUUUGUACUUACUGUCAUUUCCUAGCUUUCCCUCCAACGUUUUCAGGUCUCUCUUUCCGAAUAACCCCCGUUCAUCGAAAAUAUUUCGCUUUCACAGUUUUCCACAUUCCCAUUAGUCCCUCUUUAUUUUUAUCUAUGGAUCGAUAUUACUAUGAUCAAUUGUUCAUGUCAAAUUUUUGUACUUGUCCUUUUUAUUUUCUUUUUAAAAAAUGUUUCCCUCACUUCUUUGAAUAUAUAUUUUUUCAACUGUUUCAAAUUUAUUCUCCUUUCUGUUUUCCACGUCCGAAUAAUGAAUGUUUGGCAAAU